AUGAUGCAGCUCUACCGACACUUCAAGCUCAACCAAACGCGUCCCGUGGGAGAAUACAGAGCACGAGCAAGCGGACACCAUCAAGAGCAUUCCUCUCCAAGAACACAGGAGUGGAAAAGGAGACUCAAUCUCACUGCGAAGCCUCUCAUGAGCGCUGGAGACGUGUAUUAUCAGAGACACGACCUCUCCAUGUGUCAGACAGCUGAACAAGAGCAAAACAGCACCUUCUCGCAUUAUCAUCAAGCGAUAAACCCGAGCGGUCCUGAAGAUCUGCUGAGGAAACCGAACCCUGCUUUAGUGCUUUUCCUGUUGUUUGCUGAUUUCGGGGUGUUCGGUUUGAGGCGGCGGGUUGCUCUUGAGCAGCUCGGCUCUUUAAAGCACAAUAAAAGAGGAGCAGAGGCUUGUGGGAGUCUUUCCCUCACGCUCAUGCAGAAAGCAGAUGUUGAGUCGUGCGGUGCUGAGCACGAGUCUGGGGUUUGGCUUCAGACGGAUGGCCGAGGAGUAUUGGCCCUUUUGCCUCCAAACACACCUGUGGGAAUCGAUCUGGCCAAGAUUUGGACCUCCGAUUGUGGUUCAGACGUCAGUUUGCUGCUCCUUCAAGAGUUUGUGCUUGUUCUGCUUAAGAAAGCACAGAUGCAUGAGGAGCGAUCAGCUGCAGAUGUUGGUAAUGGUCUCAUUAUCUCAGCGGGGAGAGAGAGGAAGAGAGAGGAUGAGGGCAUCCUUCCACAGGCUAAGGGAUCUCUGUGGCCUGUCUUUGAUCUAGAGCUGUUUGCCAGCCACUACACAGAAACACACUACCUGGAGGAUGGAAGUGCUGUCACCACCUCACCGAAUGUUACGAUUCACUGCUACUAUCAUGGCGAGGUGGAGGGUCACCCGGGGUCAGAGGUCAGCCUCAGCACCUGCACAGGACUCAGGGGACUGAUUUCACUUGAACAUGAAGUGUAUGUACUGGAGCCGAUGGAAGAGGGGAACACACACCGUCUUUACAGAGGAGAACAUCUUAAAGUCACCCAGGGAACCUGCGGACACGGUCACAACAUUUCAUACCCUACAGAGAUGAUGAACACUACUGGAGCCGUCUUCAGCUCUCACAGCAGUCACAGGCAUAAAAGAGACGCUCAGAGCAGCACCAAGCAUGUGGAGUUGAUCAUCGUCGCAGACAACCGCGAGUAUCAGAAACAGGGGAAAGACGUGGAGAAAGUGAAACAGAGGCUUGCUGAAAUAGCAAACUACGUGGACAAGUUUUACAGAUCUCUGAAUAUCCGUGUGGCUCUGGUGGGGCUGGAGGUGUGGAGUGACGGAGACAAAUGCUCCAUCACACAGGAUCCCUUCACAUCGCUCCAUGAGUUCCUGGACUGGAGAAAACUCAAGCUGCUCCCCCAGAGACCACACGAUAACGCUCAGCUCAUCAGUGGCGUUUACUUCCAGGGCACCACCAUCGGCAUGGCUCCCAUUAUGAGCAUGUGCACUGCGGAGCAGUCAGGGGGCAUCGUCAUGGAUCACUCCGAUAACCCUCUCGGUGCCGCGGUUACUUUGGCUCAUGAGCUCGGACACAAUUUCGGCAUGAACCACGACACGCCGGAGCGCGGCUGCGGCUGCAGGGCCACGGUGGACCGCGGCGGGUGCAUCAUGACCCCCUCCACUGGGUAUCCUUUCCCUACGGUCUUCAGUACGUGCAGUAAGAAGGAUCUCGCGGCGAGUUUGGAGAAAGGUGUGGGCAUGUGUUUGUUCAACAUGCCGGAGGUGAAGGUGCUCUACGGAGGCCAGAAAUGUGGAAACGGAUAUGUCGAGGAGGGAGAGCAGUGCGAUUGCGGAGAUCUGGAGGAGUGUCUGAAUCCCUGCUGUAAUGCCAGUACAUGCACACUGAAGGAGGAAGCUGUAUGUGCACAUGGACAGUGCUGUGAAAACUGUCAGCUGAAGCCUGCAGGGACUCCGUGCCGUGAGUCCAGUAACUCCUGUGAUCUGCCGGAGUUUUGCACAGGUGCCGAUCCUCACUGUCCCGCUAAUGUCUACCUGCACGACGGACACACCUGUCAGGGUGUGGAUGGACACUGUUACAACGGCAUCUGCCAGACACACGAGCAGCAGUGCAUCACACUGUGGGGACAGGGUGCAAAACCAGCUCCAGGAAUCUGUUUCGAAAGAGUCAACUCGGCGGGAGAUCCAUAUGGAAACUGUGGAAAAGAUGCAAAGGGAUCGUUUGCCAAAUGUGAAGCGCGAGAUGCUAAAUGUGGGAAGAUCCAGUGUCAGGGUGGAGCCAAUCGGCCGGUGAUUGGCACCAAUGCCGUCUCAAUAGAGACCAAUAUCCCGCUCCAGGAAGGAGGACGAAUCCUCUGCCGAGGGACUCAUGUGUACCUGGGAGACGACAUGCCGGAUCCGGGCCUCGUGCUUACUGGCACCAAGUGUGGAGAAAACAUGAUGUGUAUAAACAGACAGUGUCAGAACAUCAGUGUGCUCGGGGUUCACGACUGUUCGGCCAAGUGCAGCGGACACGGGGUUUGUAAUAAUAAUAUGAACUGUCACUGUGAGUCGCUCUGGGCUCCUCCGUUCUGUGAUAAAGCUGGGUUUGGAGGCAGUAUGGACAGCGGCCCGAUGAGACAGACAGACAGCAGCAGUGUGAUGGUGGGCAUCCUGGUGGCGUUUCUGUGUCUGCUGUGUGUUGGAAUAAUCGCGUGCAUUAAGAGAAAAACUCUGCUCAGUCUGUUCUUCAGCAAUAAGAAGAACACCAUUGAAAAACUGAGAUCUGUGGGACCCAACAGACUGAACAGUCCAGUGCACACACUCUCAUCUGCUCACACACACACUGGGAUUCAAACACACUCCACGUACAGAACGUCUCCUCAGCGUCAGGCUUCUGCUUUACCACAAACAGCCAGCAUAUAUAAGCCCCAGUCUCCUCUCCAGACGGUGGACUCUGUGGUCCCGUCUCAUGGUCUCCGCCGUCUGCCCCCGUGCCCUCCGCUCCACCUCUCUCACCCGCUGCCGCUGGCACACACACACUCGUCUCCACCCAGAGCCCCUCCACCGGCACACACACACACAUCCGCUCCACCAGCGGGAACGGCCGGCCAAAACGUCUGCAAGAUCGCAAGGGCAUUCGAGAAGCCCAGUGCACCCCAGAAGCCUCUUCCUGCAGACCCUCUGUGUCGAAACAUCCGGGUGAUUCGUAACCCUUCGGCCGUGCGACUUCCUGCGCCCAUCCCGACCCCAGCCGCCCCGCGACCCACUCCUCACCCACCGCCCUGCAGUCCUCCUCCUAAACAGCCGCCCACCCUGCCGAAGCCUCACUUCACCGCUGGAGUGAAGUUCAGCAGCUGAGAGCCGGACAGAAGGGAUCUCGUCCCUGGAGACGCUCGCUUUUUGCACUAUGAACCUCUGCGGGACACGUGAUGAUGCGAGGGGUGACCUUUGACCCCAGCGGUGCUCUCCCUCUAAACGGUGCUAUGAGUCCAAGCUCAGGUACAUGUCACGUGUUAUUUAUGUCGGUUACGAGCGUAUUUAUUUGAGCACAGUGCACUGUGGUUGACACUUUCUCAGACGUUUACCUGACUGUCCUUUUGUCGUUGUUGCUAUUGUUGUUGUUUUGACUUUUUCUCGACUGUGUACCAGCAGAUGAAGACGAGACGUGUUAUCUGUGAACAUGAACCACGUCACGUGGAUGUAAAUGGAAACGUGAAUUGGGAGUUGAUGGUUCUGUGUCUGUGAUGUUUUUUGGUAUAUGAAAAGGGCUUUUUUAACAAUUUCAUUCAAUUUAAUGGCCAUUUUUAUUAUAUAUUUCAGACAUACCUGUACAUUAUUAAACCUGAAUUACAGAUGCAGAACUUAAGGGAUGUUGAAGAAAUCUAUAUAAAAAUAAUCUCACGAUAACAUGUCCAGGUCACAUUUUAUCCCAGAUUAAAAGGAACAAAAUAUUAAAUAAAAUUUUGCAUAAAGUAAAAUAAUUUUUUAAGGUAUCUUGUUUUUCAUUCUAAGACAAUUAAGCUUGUUUCCCCCUGAUAUUUUAAUUAUUUGAAUAAAUCUGAAUAUUUUGCUUUUUUAUUUAAAAUAUUAGGCUUUCCAUGAUGAUGCUAAUUACUAAAGUAUUUUUUAUAAUAGUAACAAAAAUAUUUUAAAAAGUAAUGAAAAUGAAAUAAAAAUCCAAUUUUAUUUAUAUAGCACAAAUAAAAGCAAAUACUAUUAAAAAUAUUACAAUUUAAAUGAUAUAUUUGUAUUUUAUUACUUAUUUUUAUGCUGCAUUUAUGGUAAUUCGAGUGGAAAACGUGCUUAAUUUUUGUCAUAGAAAUCUUAAUGUUAAAAUUAAGCAUUCGUUACUUUUUCAGUCUCUGAAUUUAUUUUUGCAAACAAACAAGUUCAUUAAGUAAUUCUUUAAAAAUCAUCUGGUCAGGAUUAUUUUCAUUACUGUAUUGCAGUAAUGAGGAAUUAGAAACUGUUUAAUCAGUCUUCAAAACAGACUGUCGUACUACUUUUUGAUUUUGGGGUGAAAUAUGACCUGGACUUGCACAGGUUUACAAUACUGUGCAGCUGAAUAAUGUUCUGAAUUCACUGCAUUCAACUAAACAAGUCUUGUUUCUCUCUCUAUUAUUUUUUGUUGUUGUUGUUGUUGUUUUUUGAGUCUGAAAACAUUUGCAACAAACAAUAUGCUCCAAAUCCAGCUUUUAUUGAUUUCAAAGCUCGUAAGGAUGAUCGACAGACACAGAUGUUGUGUUCCUGUGACCUGUCGGAUGUUCAGAUAGACAGUUCGGUCCUUGAGAAGACCUGGACAGAGCUGAGAGCCAGAAAACCAAAACCAGGCCCUGAUUUCAUGCUCAUGCAGCCAUAUUCUCAUAGAAGUCCUUUGAAAUAGUUACCGUUGGGAAAUGAUUAAACAGAUUACAUGGAUUUUCUUUCUUAUUGACCCAAAUAAUGUUGCCACAUGGCGCAUUAAAAGUGGAUUGUGGUUAAUGAAAACAGACACAUGAAUCCUUCUCUAAAUAGUCCCAUAAUCCCUCUGGUCUCCCUCAAACACGCUGUGGUCAGUGGUUUUGAAUCGCUGGCAAAGGUUCGUGGGCGAUUUGUCAGAGUAAAUGAACACAGUGCACUAAAAUUAUCUGAUGUGCACAAAACAGUUUUUGCAGUGAUUAUGGUCAUGAUUUACUGUCAAAGGGGUUAAAAUGAACACAAAUUGUGGUAAAACUUAAAGCCUUUAUAUAUAAUGCAUUAUAAAAUUAGUUUUAAUGCAUUAAUUAUGCAACUUAUAAUGCACUGUAUGAUCUCAUGAAUAAUUGCAACCACAAUUUACAAUAUUUAUACAAUUAUAAUACUUAUCUAUUCAUUGUUACACCUUUAGAAAGUAUCAUGCAUUAAAACAAACACAUGACAAACAAACCUUCAAAUAUUAUAAUAAAUUUAACCUUUGGUUACAGUUAUUUAUGGAUAACGGGGAACAUUCUGUAUAUCUUUAUUAUAGUGCAUUAUACUUAAAGGCUUUAAGUGUUACUCAAAGUAGCUUUGGUGAGUAAAUAUGUUCUGCAACUUGCCACUUUGAGGAACUACAUAUAAGUAAUUGUCAUAAUAUGACUAAAUUGAAUUGCAAGAAUGAUAGUCUGAUGCACAAAAGAUUGUAAACAGACAUGAAAGCAUCUUUUACCAAUCAAAAUUAUACAUGCUACCAUUCAAAAGUUUGAAGGUUUUUUUUUUUUUUUGUGCACCAAGGCUGAAUUUAUUUGAUCAAUAUUCUAAAAUACUAUUACAAAUGAAAAAUACAAUUUUUGUUUAGUCUGAAGUGUCUCCUGAUCCUUCAGAAAUCAUUUUUUCAAAUUAACAGAAUUUUUGGAAUAGAAAUCUUUGGUAACAUAAUGUCACUUUGAGUCAAUUUAAUGCAUCCUUGCUGAAUAAAAGUAUUAAUUUCUCUCUCAAAAAAACGUUUUGAAUGGUAAUGUAUUUUAAUAAUAAAUAAUGCAAAUUAUACACACUUUGCAUAUUUGACUCUCCAUUUGCAGGUUGAUGUUUGGCACUAAUAUACCAUGUUUUUAUUCAAGUCUUCUCACUUUAUAAUUUCUUGCCACUGAGCCAUUUAUGAUCUCAAACGUGGGUCUCUUAGGCCUUUAUUCUGAAACCUUAUGAGUGCCAUUAUAUCUCAGUGUUUACAUUGUAAAUUCAUCUUCAUUUACUAUAUUAGCAAACAUCGCGAGUGUCUCGUUGCCUUUUUACAGUGUUAAACCACACAGUGCAUUACAGUACGCACAGAGACUGUUCAGAUCCAGACGCUGACUUGAUGAUACGAUGAUCACGUGUCUCUAGGUUAACUGCCUUGCUUCUUUUAAUCACAGUUAUUAUUCACUUUGAUUCACGUUGUAUCUGCCCUCAGUAAAUCUGCUCAUGUAAUGCUCUUUACGUUUUUUCUUCAGUGUCACGGGUGUGAACUGCUUUUUUAUGAUAAUUCUUUGAUUAAUCAAGAAAAUGUGAAAUAAGAUUCUGUACGUUGAUGUCUGCAGCACACAAAUAACGGUCGGCAUAAAGGAAUAUGAAACCGA